UUGCAUCGAUCUUUGAUUGAUGCUUUGCGAAAGAGGUUGACUGAAGAAGUGGAGAAAAGCAAUCCGGAAAAGUUGCAACAAUUACUUGCGGUAACUUUCCCUUCCAUCCAUAUAAAAUCGAUCAGACCAGUAUGUAUCGAAAUCAUGAAGCGUUUGCCAAGUUUGCCACAAAAUUAUCUAACUUUGUUAGAAGACAAUCAAGAUUUACUUCAAAUAUUGCCAAUCGAAGUCCGACGACAGGUCUGGCAGAAUAACCUCAAACUCUUUGCUCUCGAAAUUAAUCCCUUAAUUGACACCUACCUUCGAAGCACCGAAGACUUCAUGUUUUCCUUGAAUUUCGAUAAGCAGCAGCAUUUCUUCAAUAAAGCACCUCGAAAACGUCGCCAGAAUGAAGUAUUACAAAAAAUAGUAGAAUUGAUUGGUAGAUCAGUGAAAUUAUAUAACACCACCUUACAGAUUCUGAGAACGCUCUAUUUUAGAAAUGCAAUUGAGCAUUAUUGUACCUUACGCUUGGAAAUUUUGAUGAAACUACACGAUAAUGAUGUUAGAGAGAUAUUAUCCCUUGAUCCAUGCUAUAAAUUUGUAUGGUGUUUGGAUGCUUGCCUACGUGAUGGCCUGGUUGAUAGUAAACGUUGUAAUGAAUUAAUUGCAUUAAUGGAAGAAGCUACAAAGGAAAGUGGCAAGCAAAUAUUGGGCGACUUUGCUAUUAUUUUAGCGGACCCAUUUGUUAUCCAUGCUUUGACUGGGACUAUAUUCAGGAGUAUUCAGCUACUUUAUGACCAAGAAUUGCUACCAAGGGAUGUUCCGUUAUUGCACUCGCUACUUAGACUUUUAUCGCUUGGACUCAACGCUUCGCAAAUGAUACAUCGGCAAGAUUUUGCCGAAAUUGAUAUUGAUAAUGUUAUUGUGCUGCGAUUUAUACCGACAAUUAUGCUGUUAAUUCACUCUCUGAAAAAUAAUGGUAUAUGUCCUCCAAACAUAGACUUAGACUUUUUCUCUUCGUAUAUUCAUGAAAAUCCUAUUGCACGUCGGAUUGCUUGCGAGCUUAUAUUACAUUUGUGUAAUAAACAUAACCUGAGCGAUCUAAGCCUCUUGCUACCAAAGGUAGCGCCCGCUUUUAGAACUCCUGAUAUAUCCGAUAACAUCUUUUUGCAUCUAUUUAUUUAUCAACUGGUAAUAUCAUUUCUGGAAGAACACGGAAAUGAUGAAUUUUAUCAGACAGUAUUCGAAGAAUUUUUUCUGCAAUGUGAAAAUGUCGAUUGUACCAAACAUAUGCUACGGUUGCUGUGGUUCAAUUACAGAAGAAUGGCAUCAUCCAAUGUUUCUAUUAUA